UGACCAACAUUGGCAAAUGUUCUUGUACAUUCAAGAGCCUGUGCAGGCCCACUGCAGGUCAACAAUGAACUGACUAACCUCCCACCUUGUUAUGAAACUCAUAAAUGGCAGAGUUAAUGAAAAAAUGGUUAAUCAAAUGAGUUGGUUUCAUCCUGCCAAUUUGCAGACAUGACAUUUUAUAUGAAACCUCCAGAAGGUAACAUCCAACUUAAUAAAUUAUAUCAAGAUGCAGAAACAAGACUCUUCUUCUUGUGUCAGAUUCAUCAAUGCUGGGGUGAUAUUGAUCAAGUACGAAGUAUCAUUGUUGAUCACUCAUCCAUUCGUUCUAAUUCAGAUUGUCUUAUAGAAGGCUCACGUAAGGAUCGCAUUUCACACUUUGUGCUAAGAUUGACAUGUUUAGAAAGUGGACAACUUCAAACCUUUUUUAUUGAAGCAGAAACACAACUAUUUGAAUACAGGAUGGAAUGUGGAGGUGAACAAACAGUAACACACUCUGUGAGAGAACUGAAAAGGCAUUCACAUUUUGCUCUGAGGUCUAUGGCUUUAACAUCUUCCCAUCAGAAAUUCAUAAUUCAAGUACAGAAAAUAUCAGAUGAAAUUCUAUCAUCUGGCAUGUUGGAAUGUUAUGGAAGACAGAACUGUCAACAUGCCAUUAAAGUACCGUGGACAGUGGUGGAGUCUCUGGUAAAGGAGCGUCAAGUAGUUGUGACUGCAGGUGACGUUGAGAUACAUUGCCAUAAUUUACUGCAGCUGUUGUGUUGUGUGUUUAAAGCUACAUUAGAAUUUGGCCUGAAGGAAUUAUCUCUCUCUGGCGCCAAAAACUUGAUUGCUAUUGAUGCGAGAUUACGGCAGGUUAAGAAGAACCUCUAUAGAUUGUAUAGAAAACAUCAAGGUGGUGAUUAUAUGGUUCUCUCUUCAAACAGUCUCCGUUCUACAGAUAUUGAGAGCCAAGUCCCGAAUUUCCCCCUAUGCAUGCAAGAGCUCCACAAGAUCCUCUCUAGCACAGGUCGUCUCCGUCACCAUGCAAGGAUACGCUACACUCUUUAUCUUAAGGAUAUUGGGUUACCUGUAAUGGAGAACAUAGCCUUUUGGGAGAAUUUUUACAGUAAACCCCAUAAAGGUCAUUCUGGUGGCUGCUGUCAUACCUGGGACGGAACUGAUAAGAAUCGUUACACCUAUGGUAUCAGGCACCUGUAUGGUAUAGAAGGUGGCAGGAAAAAUUAUACGUCACAUUCCUGUUCUGCUCUUCAGGAUCUUCAGUCUCAACCAUCAGAAUUGGGUGGUUGUCCUUUCACCAGUUAUGGGGAGGAUGAACUCUCUGUUCUACUCUACCCCAUUCUUGGAGACCACUUACAACUUCAGGAAGAUGUUAUUAAAGAAGUGAAAGCAGGAAGACCAAAUGCCGCUUGUAAAACCUUAUCUGCAUUCACAAUAUACAUGAAUAAAGAAUGUAGAAGGAAAAACCAUGAGGAGAAGAAGUCUUUGAGAGGUUGUGAUCAAGAUAAUAUCAAGAACCUAGAAGAGGACAAGAACACUGAAGGAUGUAUUCCCAACUUAUUAGAUGUUAAGAAGAGGGAUAAUUCAAGUAAACUUACUCUUUUACCCAAAUUAUGUGAAGAACAGUCCAGAGUUUCAGAUCUCAUGGGUAAGAAGCACAUCCAGACCAACCAGGUUUUAAAAUCUCCCAAUAACAGCAGUCAAAAAAUAUAUGAUGCCAAAUUACAAGCUAACAAAGGCCACUGUCAUGCUAAAAAUUUUGGAUAUGGUGUUACAAACACAAAAACUAUUAACUACAGUAAUUCUGCCUCUGCUCAAAUCCCAUGUUUUAAAAAUGUAGAUUCUGCAUGUUCUCAGGGAAUUAAUCUAACCACAAAAAGCUGUAAUGGUAUAAGAAAUAAAAUGCAUGAAGCUGUGUGUGAUAUAGAAGAUUUAAACAGCUUACUGAAAUAUAAUUUUUCACAUCCGUCACAUUAUUAUUUGAGAACAAAGAGUGAGAGUAAUGUUUGAACCUAUUUAUUUUUAUACUACAGUCAAAGUUCAAAGUUAAGUACUCUUCCCUCAAGUUACAGAUGCUCAAGUUAGGGAAAUCAAGUUACAUUGUUCAAAUUAAGGAAAUUUAUAUGAACAGAAUUCAAAAAGUAUGGAACAAGUUUUAAGAUAAAGAAGAAAAAAUUGUUUUGUCUGUUUUUAAUGAUGAAUUGUCUGUAAUUAAAAGUUUGUAAUAUUUUUAUAUUAUUUCACAAAACUAAGUACAAAUUGAGUAUAUAUAUAUACUGUAUCUGGGAGAUAUGUUACCAAGAUAUUGCCACAUGGAUAAUUUUUAGGAGAGUUGUGGUCCUGUGCUGUCUAAUAAACCACAGCAGUGUGGUUAUGUUAUUUUCUGAUAACUUUUUACAUAAUUUGUUUUAAUUGCAUCUGUAUAUUUUAAGGCAGUUUUGAGAGGCAAAAUUUUACAGUACAGAGGGUCCCCGGGUUACGAAUGGGUUCCAUUCCUGAGGAUGUUCUUAAGUCCAAUUUGUACCUAAGUUGGAACACAUGCUACUGUAUAUGCAUUCCGUACUUACAGAACAAUGUUUAAAAUCCUACUAUAUCAUAGCCAAAGUCCUUAUAUACCGUCUAAAAUCACUUAAUUUAGGACAAAAGCAGAAAUAGAAUGACAAAAUACAGUAAAUGAAAGUAAAAAAAGAACAAGUCAUCAGGUAAAUAUAAUACUGUACUGUAAAUUUCAAGUUUUAACGCCGUUCGUACCGGCUGUUAUUUGUAAACUGGAUGUUUGUAAGUCGGGGACCCCCUGUACUCAAAUUCAGCUUGAUAUGUAUUUUGUGAGGAAAAUUUUCUCGUGUAUUUUAUAUAAACUUUUACCUUAAUUAUUUUUUUAUGGCAGAAUAUGGGUAAAUACUUUUAUCUUGACUUUGAAUGUUAAUGUAGAUACUUUAUUGUAUUUAUUUAAGAAUUUGUUGUUGAUAUUACUAUAUUGAAUGACAUUAUGCCCACAGUCUUCAUUUAAAAUCAUACAUUGGCAAAAUGUGCAAUAGUUUAAAAUAAAUUAAUUGACCAACCAUAUAUUUUACAGAAUUAUCCAAGUUACUCUGGCAUAGACUAAUAUUUGUGGAUCAGGUUUGUGUGUGGGAUGUAGCUGCAUGUAACACCUGAACUGUUGUACUGUACUUUAUUUAUUCUUAUGAAGGUCUUUGUACAAGUCAAACCCCCAUAACAUAUUUAUAUCUUGGUAUUUAUUUUUACUUUGUUUUCACUGUUGUUUCGAUUUUAGUAUAGACGUUAUAUGUCAAGAUACUCUGUGUAGGUUUGUGUUAUUUAUACCCAAAGUCAUAUCCCUCCCAUCACAUAAUUUUCCCUUUAUACUUGAUCAUUUCAUUCCAAGUACGUAUAGGUAAUAUAUCUCAGAGCAACAUUAUAUUAUGUCUAUCAUGUGUCUACUCACCUGGGCGCUUGUAAGAGUAGUUUCUCCAGACCAGUGAUGGGUCCCUCAUGAGAGACAACAACACGAUGAAGAGGAACCCAAAGGUCUAACAACUUCUUAUUCUAGUAUUAUGAUAUAUAUUAUCUUACCUUUAUAUUCCUUAAGAAAUGACAAUGAUAACAAAAUAUGAUUACAUUUAUCUUGACCGCUCAAUGUGACAAUAUGAAGUAGAUUGAAAGUAAUCAAUCAUGCUUCCUACGUUUAAGUGACACAACUCAUCAACAACUGGAGGAAGUUUCCCAGAUGACCGUGAAGUAAGCAACAGCACGCUGACUCACCACAUCUUCAUCGUGAUCAUCUUGCCUCGAAUCAGACAUGAACCAGCCAGUCUACAUUUCCACCAGGUAGCCAUGAGCAUGACACAAGGGAGUAGAGCAAACAUUGACGUCACCUUUAGCACCGUCAACUGUGUGUCUGUAAAGGUUUAUUGUAUCUUAGGUGAUGUUGAAUAGAAGGUUUUAUUAUAUAUAAGAUUAUUGUUUAUCCAUUGAUGUGAAGAGAGGAACCAUGAUGUAACAAACUAUAUACAGUACUGUAGGGCAAGUACUUAACAGCUGAUAGGUUACUUGAGGUUAAAUCUGGUUCUUGU